UCAAUUAAGAUAUCAAGUUUUUGUUUCUCUAUAAAUCUAGAAAACUGCUGCUGGUUCUUAUUCGUUGUCAAAUUUGUGGUGGGUUUGGGCUUUUUUUUUGUUGAACAGAGAUGACUGUUGAAUUGAUGAUGGUAUACGGUGGUGCCGGCGGUGGUAAUUUUACAGGGAAAAUGGUGGAAACUGCUUUGAAAGAAGCUACGAAUUCUGGGAUUCAAGGUGUUGAAGAGUUAAUAAAUUUGAUGUCUAAAAGUCAAGAGCUUUUCGAUCAAGAUGUUCCUUUGAAAACCUUUUCUCCUUCAGAGUCGGCCAUGGAUAUCCAAGCUGUUACGGACAAGACUGUUAACUCUUUCAAAGAGGUUAUUUCUUUACUGGGUCGACCGAGAAUCGGCCAUGCUCGAUUUAGACGAGCCCCUGUUACUCACCAAAAACAAGACUCACAACAAGCUGUAUACAAGAUUCAAGAGUGCGGGUCUCCUUUUCAAGUAACCAAAUAUCAAGAGUCAGCUUUCAAGCCUUUUUGUUCGACCCCAAGCUGUAGUUUGCCUCCUUUGCCUCCAAAUCGCCUCCAUAACAAAAGCAGUGCUCAUUUGAGAUCAAAGACUGGUGUUUUGGAGAGAAAUGAAUCGGCUAGUACCAUAAAUUUCUCAUCUUCGCGGUCUUUGUCCGCUGGGAAUUCAACUUUGUCUUCCUCUUUGAAAAGGAAGUGUAAUUCAUUGGAUACUGCUGCUCUUAACCGUGGUUCAUCCUCUGUUCGUUGCCAUUGCUCUAAGAAAAGGAAAUCAAGAGUGAAGAAGAUCAUCAGAGUUGCUGCAAUUAGCAACAAGAUAGCCGAUAUACCUCCUGAUGAUUACUCGUGGCGAAAAUAUGGUCAGAAACCGAUCAAGGGUUCCCCUCAUCCAAGGGGAUAUUACAAGUGCAGCAGCGUCAGAGGCUGCCCUGCAAGGAAACAUGUAGAGCGAGCUCUAGAUGACCCAACGAUGCUCAUUGUAACAUAUGAAGCAGAUCACAAUCAUAGCCACAACAUCACCACUGUGUCACCAGCUUUGAUCCUCGAAUCAUCUUAGGUCCCCACCACUCAUGCAACCGGCCAUG